AUGGACUUCGAAAGCCGUGUCGAAUUACCAGAUGUACAUCUUGUGAACCUCUUGCCACGGAACCUGCCCCAAACAGGUCAACACCCACAACAAUACCAAGCAUAUCGAGCAAACUAUACCGUUACAGAUUUCUCUGCAAUCCUUCCCUCACAAAGCACCCAUCGACCCAGGCAAUCUGAGUUUGGAGGUUCUCGAAGCCCACCAGACAACAUGUUCCACCGAUCAAAAGCAACCAAACUCCCGGUCCCCAAGACCUUGAGUGAAUCAUCUCGGGACCAGCGUGAUCAGACUCCUAGUCCUACCGGUAUUCCCAAGCCAUCUUCUGCCACGUUCUCUUUAGGGGGAUCUGGUGGGCAUUUCGGGGGAAGAGACCAGUAUUGGUCAAAGCUCCGUGACAAAAGUGAGAAAGACUCUCCAUUAUCACAAAGAGCUUCUUAUGUACGAUCCAGAAAGAGUGAUCAAACUGGCUCUCCGAGUCAUGGCCACUCUCGUCCUCGAAGCCAACAGUUCCGGGAGGCCCAACCGACUGGCCGCGGCAGCAGCCCCAGAUCAGGAAUUCCGAGCCCAAAUUCCCAUCAAACUAGCGGAGUCCAAAAUUCCCGCCAGGAAAUAUUCCGCAAUCUAGAGAGCCAGAGCAAAGAGAGAAAGAACGGAGACUCCUGGGUCACCCUAGAGCUCCGCGAUGCUACUCCGCAUCACUCGGAUCGAACAGACACCACCACAGACUCCAGUCCCCAUUCAAAUUCUUCCAUCUCUCCCGUGUCCGCCGAGGAUAGCCUGACAGACUGGGAGGAUAGAUUUGUUGUUAAUAUGCCGAGCGCAAAGGACCCCAAUCCACCCACGAUGACUGAUCAACAAAUUGCCGAAUAUCAGAAAAGCAUUGAGAGAGCACGCCGGGAAGGCAGACAUACGAUAGAACCACCGGCAGGACAAAGCCCGCGCAAAGGAUCUCCUGCAGGAGUACGACGCCGUUCCCCGCCAAGAGACGAUUCGGUAGGCUCUUUCAGAGCAUAUGACGGUGGUUCAACACAGCCUCAACCAGAUGCAGAUCAUCCCCCGGCUCCACCACAGCAAGAUCACCAGGCUGAGCAAUCUCAACAGCAGCUCUCCCAGAAGCCGCAGCAUUACUACAGUCCUGACGAGAUUGGAAAGAAUCGGAUCAGCACCAUUUGGGAGGAAUCUCCAACAAAGCAGCGAGAAAAACGUACCUCUCAGGCCGCAGAUGGUUCUUUUUUAGGUUGCAAGGAGAUCAACGGGCCAGGAACCAAAAACCCAGACGAGAUUCUCCUCUUCGGAUCCGGCGAAGACUCCGCAAGCCUGCACCCUCGACCGCUCGCAGUCAGCGGGAGAAAGAAGCAGAAGGAGGAGUUGAAGUGCUCAGGCGGACCCCCGGUUCCCCGACGAUCGGGAGACAGGAGCCUGUUUCAAGAAGAAUGGGCAGAGGUUUCUCGGAAUUCGAAACAUGUCCCAUGCUCGAAGCGGUCGUUGGUGACCCUAUGCCAAGACCCUCGCUUUCCGGAGCACGAGAUACCUCAGGGCUCGGAGAAGGAGAACUCCCGCCCUAUCGAGAACCCAUCUCGGUCGAAGGAGAGACUGGAAGACACUCGUGGCGACGACGAUGUGUUCAUUAUCACACCCACUAUCACACGCACUAUGAUUCCCAUGGUCGAAAAGAAGAAAUCCGAGAAAAAAGCUUCGACUCCAAGGCCACAAGGUCUGCGGCGACGUGGGGACACUGGUCAAUCCGUCACCGGCGAGGCAAUCAAGGCCAUUCGGACGAAAGCUCAGGUCAUCUCUUCACCUUCAGGGCUUCGACCUCCAGCAGGACCGUUGCAGCCGAGCUCGAUUACGCCAUCCGAGGAGUCAUCAAAAACCACACAGCCCAGCGGCAUUCCCACACCCAAGGAGGCGCCCAUUGGGGUGAAAGAUAUGAAAGAGCCGAAAGAUGCCAAGGAAGCCAAGACGAAGGACACCAAGGAAACCAAGUCUUCGAAGGGCACACCUCCCAGAAAGUUAUCCCCCGGGAAGGAGAAAUCCGAGGUCGACCGAACCACAGCGUCCAGCUCUAUCCGUGGGUUCAUCCGUACCUCCGGACUCGCAAGGUCAGGCGGACUAGUCAGAUCUCCUCCGGACAGCCUUGCUACUAUUCUUCGAAACGGCACUGAGUCUUUGCGAAAUCGUGCCGAGUCUCUUCGUAAUAGUCGCAAGGGCUCGCCCAUCUCUCUUCCAUCGCGAGACAACUCCGACUCAUCUCGCUCCGAGAAGUCUUUCAAAUCAGCACAAGAAUCCCCCAGAGCAACCCCACCACCGUCUAUGAGGCCAUCCCCAAAGAGAGACUCUCCCACUUCAAAACUGUCGUCAGUUGAAAGACCUCCUGCUGAAAGGAAACCUUCAUUCGAGAAAUCCCCUCCGAGACCUGUUCCCGAGAAAGCGGUGCCAACGGAGAACCCACCCGCUAUGGAGAAAUCGCCGCCGCCUGGGAAGCUGUCCCGUGCUCAGCGGCUGGAGAAGUUCAAAGAAGAGGCUCGCAUCCGACGGGCUAAUAAGAUGGCCAGUGAGAAAGGAGUUGAUAUUGCUGGGAUCGCAGAGUUGGACGGUCACCAAGUUACUGGCCGACGCCCAUUCGAAAGAGAACACCAACCCCGUCGCUUUGUCGAUGAUUUUCGAGAUCGUCGUUGUCGCCGUUACGAAUAUGCACCGACUUACUUUGCAAGUUACCGACAGCCCGUACGCCAAAUUUGUCGCGAGCAACGUUGUGAGCAUGGCUCUGCACUGCUACCAAGUCCUCAGCCGGGUCAUCCAUGCAACUGCGCAGUAUCAAGCCACUGGCGCUUGGCCCAAGUUGGAGGACGACAAAGCAAUCAGCCAAUUCUUGAUGGAGCUCCUCCAGGCUGUUGUUUAUCUUGCAAUUCUGGGUUUCAGCACAAUGAUUGUCUACCGGGUCGCUAG